GUUGUGAGUAGCGCAUGCUGUGCUGGGGCAACGGUUCAAUCGUUUCCAUUAUCACGCUAACACGAAUCGCUCGUGGGAUUCGGCGCUCAUUUCAAGCUCACCUCCGACUUACCCUCAUAUUCCUGCACAAAGGGUGAUCACAUGCCAAAAGGGCCGCGGGCGCCGUUUGGUAUUUCACUGCUGUCUCGGCAUGCCUUGCUUUCCAGCAGUCAGCUCUAGUCGAUCGGCUCGAGUGUCUUCGACGAAGCUCCUUAGCUCCUCCAACCAACGACAAAGGACGAUGUUUCACGGGCAGGCGCCACAGCGAUAGCGACGACAGAUGGCGACGACAAGUGACUCAGCGAGCCUUCCCCAGGCGAGUGACGAACACUCGCUUGAAGGACUGCCAUCUCAGACGCAAGAUGGAAGCGCAACCCCCGAUGCUAUGGAGCUCGCUCGGGUAUCAUCAGAAGAUGAGCUUAUCUCACGGGCGUGUACAGUGACGGACGACCUGACCAACCCGUCCACCAGAACCUCCUCUGCGUUGCAGCACAGCGGAAGCCCUGCUUGGCGGGAUGAAGGUGCCACGGUCGUGGCAGCACAGACUGGCGCUGGCGAUGAUGUGGCGAACAGCGCGGAAAUGCCAUCACCCCUAGAGGAAGAGCCUAGCCAGCAGCUCAGUAGCGAGGAUGUGAUCGAGCUCAAUAAGUUCAAUGAGGGAAAGUCCCGCAUCGAGGAGUUCUUGCAAAUUUUGGACCAGCGACCGAAGCUCGAACCUCUUGCAGAUUGCAAAGAAGCGGGCAACAGGCCAUCGGAUGAGAUCUGGCCAGAUUUGGAUGCGAGGAUAGCGGAGACGGAAAGCUGGAUCGACGAGGUGGAGCGCAUAGAGGAGGAGGCUACCGCUUGGAAUGCGGCUGAUGUUGAGCGCUUAAGGCGCGUCUCUAAAGAGGCUUCCGAGCGGCACAUGUCUCCUCAGGAUGCUGAUCUGGUGGAGCUGGCUCUUGAAACGCUUGUCGCCCUCGACAAGCUGCUUCACCUGUGUGGCUUCAGGCGAGAUCAGCUGGAGCUGCUCCGGGCUCGCCUCGAAUGGGAAAGCCACCGACGGCAUUGCUGGGACGUCUAUCGUACACUUCUUGCGGAUGUCGAUGAGUUCGUCACAGCGCGAGCAAGAUGGACUACGGAGGUCUAUCUGCACGGAGUGGGGCGCAAUCCCGACUCCAAUGCCAGCUCGUUUGACAGUGACCGAUUGAGUCCGGAAACACCGCUCCGAUCGCCACUGCGAGAGCGAAGCUCCGCCUCUCGGCAACGAGUCUCUGCGCGCUUAGAUGCAGACAGCCAGAAGCUUGCACAUCGCAUCAACGCCUUUGCCAAGGCAACUGGAGAAUGUGGGGACGUGCUGGACGGAGUCAUGGAGUGUCAUAAGCUACCUGACGAGUUCCUAGACGAGCAGGACCGUCUUGAAAACUUGACAUCCAGCAUGGCCGCAAGAUCAGAGCUCCUCGACCAACUCGUGCGCCAAUGGCAUCAGUCGGACAGCGCGUACUCGACUCUGCAGACGCUGGCGGCGGACGCUCAGCGCACCACGGCCAAGCUACGAGACGAGGAGCAGGGCGUGCCCGACAGCCAAAGAGCGCAAGACUUCAGCGGUCAGAUCGCAAGCUUCUGCCAACGUCUCGAAACGUUGAUAGGCCCUGAACAAGCUAGCUCGGUCAAUCUUGCGACGCCAUUAGGCGCACAACCAUCUCUCCGAAGGCAUCUGAGACCUGUGCAGCCCCAGGAACAGAUCUAUGCUGACCAAGCUGAGCACACCCGUGCUCUUGAAGAUGCGCUUUCACUUGAAAUGCACAAGACAGUCACCGCUGUUCGAGAGGCCAAAUCAGCGCUUGAGCGACACUUUCGGGCUCUACGCGCUCUCCAACUCAUCCAGCGGCUCGUCGCGUCGCUCGACUCUUUGACCAACCAAUGUCGCGCCGUAGCAGAGCAGGCAACUUCUGGCUUCGAAGUCGAGUCUCCUUCGACAGGCGCUGACACAAGUGCGCAACGGUCGCUCGCAAAUCCGGGCUCAAAGCCGGAUUUGACAUUACUUGAGGCUCUCAAAGCACCUGCGCACGACGUGUAUCUCAGCCGGCUGCCUGGCCUGAGACCCACCUUAGCCGGUUUGGUCGUCAAGGGCGCCGACUUGCGCAAGGAGAUCGACGCUGCCACCCUUGAAGCGGUCAAAGCAGGGCUUAUUCCCUCUGCAUUUCGCAGACAGCUCGACAAAAGUCUGGCAAACUUUGAGCAAGUCAAGAGAGAUACCGAUGCCGCUAUUGAAGACGGAUCUGAGGUCGUCGUGAUGCUCAAGCAGCUUCGCACGGCGGAUCAGCUCAUCGAUGCGGUACAAAAAAAUGCUGCAGCACUACUUCAAAGAGUCAACGAGGAUUGCAUCAAGGUGGCUGAAGCGUACCCGUGGCGAUCCGUCAACUCCACCGAUGCCCUCAGGGAUUUGCGCGCUUCUCUUCAGGUGGCCCGCGAGCGCAUGACCGAGACCCGCCAAGCUCGCGCUGCGUCGGAGCGCGCUCUGCAGCUGGCAGCUGGCCUCGCGAAGGCCAAUGAAGCUUCUUCAAUUCAGCGGCAUCUGGUUGAUUCGAGCUUCGAGGCAGAUCGGCGCGUUUCACAGGCAGAAGCUGCUUUGCGAUGGCUCGAAGUCAGUCUGGAUCAGCUCGGCGCCGUUGUUGACUUACGCUCGACUUUCGAAGAAGCCACAGCUCAAGGACAUCAGGUAGCCGAGCUGAUUUCGCAGCACGCAGGCCAGAGCGUUGCAACGCUGGCAAGCUCGGUCGCUACGUUUUCCCAGUCCGUCUGGACGAAGAGCGCUCGUCGCAGCAAAAACGUAACGAUGCCCUAGAUGCCGUUGCCAAUGCAUCGACCGCCGUCGAUGGACUGGUGAAGCACGUGAAAGCUGAGCUAGCGAAACAUGAGGACGAGAUGAAGGCGACUGCAGCUGGACAGGAUCCGCGUCAACUUCAUCGGCUACAUCAGCUGCAAGAGACGGUAGCUUCUUGGACGCAAGCAUCUACGAGCAGACUGCACGUUGCCAUUGCCUCACUGACGGACGCUUGUGAC